CCCCCCCCAUCAGUGUCGGUGCCUUGUCCCCUUCUCUCUGUCUCCUCUUCCCCCAUCACUUCCCCCAAAACUAACACCCCAUCUCUCCACUACCCCCACUCUCAGCUUUGGUUUCUAGCCUGGUCUGCCCAAGGCUGCCCCUCCAAGGGCCACUGAGGACCAUGACUAAGACUGAUCCUGCCCCGAUGGCCCCGCCACUCCGGGAUGAGGAGGAAGAAGAGGAUGAGGAGGAUGAGCCAGUUCCCGAGGCCUCCAGCCCCACCCAGGAGCGCCGGCAGAAGCCUGUUGUGCACCCCUCUGCACCUGCCCCCCUCCCCAAGGACUACGCCUUCACCUUCUUCGACCCCAAUGACCCAGCGUGCCAGGAGAUUCUGUUUGACCCGCAGACCACCAUCCCAGAGCUGUUUGCCAUUGUGCGCCAGUGGGUGCCCCAAGUACAGCACAAGAUUGACGUCAUUGGCAAUGAGAUUCUGCGUCGAGGCUGCCAUGUGAAUGAUCGUGAUGGGCUGACUGACAUGACACUACUCCAUUAUGCCUGCAAGGCUGGGGCCCAUGGAGUUGGGGACCCCACUGCGGCAGUGCGCCUCUCACAGCAGCUGCUGGCGCUGGGUGCAGACGUGACCCUGCGCAGCCGCUGGACCAAUAUGAAUGCUCUGCACUAUGCGGCCUAUUUCGAUGUGCCUGACCUCGUGCGUGUGCUGCUGAAGGGUGCACGGCCACGAGUGGUGAACUCCACGUGCAGUGACUUCAACCAUGGCUCAGCCCUGCACAUCGCUGCCUCCAACCUAUGCCUGGGUGCAGCCAAAUGUUUGCUGGAGCACGGUGCCAAUCCAGCACUGCGGAACCGAAAGGGGCAGGUGCCAGCAGAGGUGGUCCCAGACCCCAUGGACAUGUCCCUGGACAAGGCAGAGGCGGCGCUGGUGGCCAAGGAACUACGAACACUGCUGGAGGAGGCUGUGCCACUCUCCUGCGCUCUCCCCAAGGUCACGCUACCCAACUAUGACAACGUCCCAGGCAAUCUCAUGCUCAGCGCACUGGGCCUGCGCCUGGGAGACCGAGUGCUGCUGGAUGGCCAGAAGACGGGCACACUGCGGUUCUGUGGGACCACGGAGUUUGCCAGUGGCCAGUGGGUGGGCGUGGAGCUGGACGAACCUGAGGGCAAGAAUGAUGGCAGUGUUGGUGGUGUCCGGUACUUCAUCUGCCCUCCCAAGCAGGGUCUCUUUGCCUCUGUGUCCAAGAUCUCCAAGGCAGUGGAUGCACCCCCUUCAUCAGUCACCUCCACACCUCGUACUCCCCGGAUGGAUUUCUCCCGUGUCACUGGCAAAGGCCGCAGGGAACACAAAGGCAAGAAGAAGCCCCCAUCAUCCCCAUCUCUGGGCAGCCUGCAGCAGCGUGAGGGAGCCAAGGCUGAGGUUGGAGACCAAGUUCUUGUAGCAGGCCAAAAGCAAGGGGUUGUACGCUUCUAUGGGAAGACAGACUUUGCCCCAGGUUACUGGUAUGGUAUUGAGCUAGACCAGCCUACGGGCAAGCAUGAUGGCUCUGUCUUUGGUGUCCGGUACUUCACCUGCCCCCCAAGACAUGGAGUCUUUGCACCAGCAUCCCGAAUUCAGAGGACUGCUGGAUCCACUGACCCCCCUGGGGACAGUGUGGGAGCCAAAAAAGUGCAUCAAGUGACAAUGAUGCAGCCCAAACGCACCUUCACAACAGUCCGGACCCCAAAGGACAUCGCAUCAGAGAACUCAAUCUCCAGAUUGCUCUUCUGCUGCUGGUUUCCCUGGAUGCUGAGGGCUGAGAUGCAGUCUUAGAGGCCCUGGACACCUGACAAAGAGACAACCCCUUAUAGAAUCUCCUGAUGCAAGGAGCCCCCAAGUCACCCUGAAAUAGAUAUUCCUAGUAACACAUUCAGAAUAGAGACCCCAAUUAGCCAGCCCUUGAUCACUGAGGCCCUAUUAUUAACAGAUGUCCCCAUGAUAACCCCCCAGCUACAGACCCCAUGUUACCCAGAAAAAGAUUCCCUGAGUGUAGCUCCUAACUAGUCCCUAUCCUCAACCCCUCAUAUCAGAGCCCCCAAUAACAGAUUUCCACAUCAUCCCAAAUGGUGACCUUCUCCACAUAAUGCACCACAGCAGGACAUUCCUGAGACACAUCACAGGUCCCUCUCCAGUUAAAAAAGACCCCAUCAAGUCCCCUUGAAAUAAACGCAGGUCACACCUUCAGAGCUACAGUUACAGACCUUUGUCAUUAUCCUGCAUUUAACAUCAGUCCCCUUGAGAUGUGAUCCCCACUGUUACCAGGAAACCCUUACACUGCAAUCUGAGACCUCAUCUCCAUUAACAAAGACCCCUGCUCUUACCCUUCAAAAACCAGACCAUUGUCACUCCCAAUUUACAGAAACCAAAAUAGUCCUGAAAGUGCUAAUUACAGGACCCCUCCCCCAAAAUUAUUCCUACUCUCUGCACCCUCAAGAAACCCCCAGUGCCUUGUAUGAAGCCCACUCAACAUGGCCCACAGGCCCUGUGCUGGCCAGGUUUCCAGAAAAUUCUCUAUUUUUAAAGUGAUAACUGCCCCCUUUGGGGGACCCUAAAAUUUGGAGCCCCCAUUCUGAGACUGGGGAUCCUAAACUCUAGGAUACACAUCCCAAACUCCCCUGUGCCCUCAAGUCUUAUGGCCUUGGGAAGAUCCUAAGGCCCUAAUUCCCAGGACCCCCAAAACCAUAAAAUUUUCAAAUCCCCAGGGAAUUCCAAAUUGUAAAAUCCAAUCCUAAACCCCCAAGAAACUCCAAUUGUAGAGGUCCUUCUGCCUAGAAUGGAGGAGACUGCAGUCAGGGCAUGCAUCCCAGGCUCCCGUAGCACCUUAAGUCCCAUUCACAGGCACCAGGAAACCCCAAACAGGAAUGCUCAUUCCUGAAAACUGGACGACCUCAAUGCCCUGAGUCAUGGAUCUCAAGACACCCAAAUUCCAUGAGCCCCACCUUUAAUGGAACUCCAAAUCCUAAAGCCACCGUGUCUUUAUACAUGAAGGACCCCAAGGCCUUGAGAGGACCCCACAUCCUGGAGUCCCAAUUUCAACCUACGUUCCGAUCAUAGGUCUAAAGCACCAAAUCUGAGUCAUUGGCCCCAAAGGACUUAACAGCACCCAGGCCUGACCAACAGCCAAGGGAGAACUUAGGGGCCUCAUUACCAAGGACAGCUCACGACUGCCCCUUCACUGCAUGUCUCAGAACUCAGCAUGACCCCUGUCCCAUUCAAUAAAGACGUUUCUAUGGUU